AUGGCAAAGUCUGAUUCCGCCUCGCAAAAGGCGACGCUGCACAGGCGCAACGACACCACGCACGGCGUCGAAAUGCAGUCAAUCGCUGCCGCUCGCGGCUCAGCGUCACAGGUGCCGGCAGAAGGACCGGCAGCAUGCACGGCCGACGACAAGGCGAGCAUGGUGACGGCGCGCCAGGACACGGGCGACAGCGGCUAUAGUAAAUCCUCACAGGAAUCUGCCGUCUCGUACGCCUACGAGCACUUUCACCGCGGCCAGCAGCUGCGGCGGCUGCUCCUCAAGAGCCUGGUGCGGUGGCUCAUCACGGUGGUGCUGUGCGUGUCCAUCUACGGCGUGCUGCUGGCGUACUCGUCGCACGACGCGCUGCCGCAGCGCAAGAAGCUCGAGUUCAACACGCUCGUCAUUGCCCUAACCAUCUCGCUCGGCCUCAACAUUGCCAGCUCGCUCAAGGCCAACGCCAUGGAGCUCCAGUGGUGGCUGCUCAGCCUGCGCCGCUACAAGCCCCGCGAGGCCGACCUCAUCAUGUCCAGCGAGCACUUUACCACCAUGCUGCAGCUCGGCUGGACGACACGCCACACGCUGAUUCAAAUCUUUGUGACGGUCUUUGUCACCAUGAACAUUUGCUCGCAGAUUGCCCUCGCUCUUCUCGGCAUCACUUACAACAUUAACCCUGCCGACAAGUUUGCCGUUACAAAGCCAGGCCCGGUUUCCAUAGCCGACUUGAGCGACAUUCAAGGCCCCAAGGUCCUGGCCACACCCAGCAAACACAACUUGACCGUCGACGUAAACUCGCGACGAUACUCGGCCAACAUGUUUGGACAGCUCGGGCUCGGUUUUUACACUGCCAGUACGGACAGUGCGCCCCGGCCGGGUGCGCUGUACAACCCCGAUCUGCCCCAACUCUACUACUUCCCAUCUACCCUCCCAUACGCUUCUGACAGCAAUGGCGGCACUGACAGCACUGCCGCUGGGACUGGUGAUGACGGCGGCGACGGUCACACCUCUUCAUACACGUACUAUUUCUUCGAGUCGGCCCCAGUCAAUGCCAGCUACUACAGCAUGGUAACCUCAAACCGCUCCGUCACCGUCACGGCGAGCUGCGACAGCUACAAGGUCGUCGCCGGCGGCAACGGCAUGUCGUCCAACAUCACGGUGCGAUAUGAGGACGGCGACCAGGAGAACUACCUACCCGUCGCCAACGGCGGCUCGCAGAUCCUGUACCUGCACGACCCCGCCUCCGAUGCCAACGACACCUGGAGCCGGGUGAGCGCCUUUGAGCCCUCGGACACGGACCCGUGGUUCUACGACUGCGACGUGUACCUCGGCAACGUCACCAACGGCGUCCUCCCGGCGCACUACAUGGGCGCCAACUUUACUCGCUACGUCCCUCCCGCCAUCGCUCUCCAAGGCUACGGCGCCUCCGACGUUGGCCUGACCAACACCACCACCAACUACCAGUUCCAGAGUUAUCCUGCGCAGACGUACUUUGGGCAGCCCGCGCAGGGCUUUGGCGUGCGCAUGGCCGAGCUCGUCAGCCGCUGCGCCGCCAACGCCAUUGCCGCGUGCGCCUCGGCCAACACCAACGUCGACGCGUACGGCAUGACGCCCCAGCGCGCCAUCCAGCUCGAGAUCACCAAGUGGCGCUACGUCCACAUCAUCAUCGGCCUGACCAUGGGCGUGCAGCUCGUCAUCCACCUCGGGGCGGUGCUCGUCGCCAACCGCGUGCAGGUGCGCGAGCAGCGCAGCCUGUCCACUGCCUCGCUGCUGCGGCCCCUGCUCGCGGGCGUCGGUGACCGCGCGAGCAUGGCGAGGGGCAAGCAGAUUGCCAAGCUGAUUGGCAAGAAUGUCACCGUGAGAUAUGAGCCCGUGGGCGCCGGGUAUGACCUUUGCAUAUAUAGAGAUGGACAACUCGAGCGGUCCACGUCAAAUACUGUUGGUUGA